CGCCUGCGCACUAAUCUACACCGUAAGUAUUACACGGAAAUAGAUGUACUGUAAUUGUACAUCUUUAUUGUAUCUUUCUGUACAGUGGACGCCAAGUAACUCUGCCUAUCACAGUGAUAAUGUAUGUGUUGUGUGGAGCUUUGCGUUGCACUCAAAGAAAAUAAAUCUAAUUUCGUGCUUUUUUUUUUUUUACAUGGAUAUUCCUGAUAAAGUAGGAGCUUGCUCUGUGCUUUAAGCCCUUCACCAUUUGCAUUUAACUUGUUUUGUUAGCUUUUCUCUGGGAUUCACUGUAUUAUGAGCUAUAUUUUUUUCAAGUAAGGAAUAUAUAUUCCCUUUAACUCUGUUGUGAGCAUAUUUUCAAAACCUGGAUUAGUUUUUAUGUUUUUGUACUUUAAAUCACAGAACAAAAUGCAGUUGAUGAAUAAUAUUUCAAUAUCUAUAUCCCUUAUUUUUUUCUUUAAAAAAAAAUUCAUGUCUCCUUUUGCCUUUCACUCACUACAUUAGUAAAUAUUAUCAGACACUGCCACAGGUUUCUCUUGCCCCUACUUAUGUGGCAUAUUUAAGCAUCGUCUCUAUUUAACAGUUUUUUUAAAUUGACAACAGUAUUGUAAAUUUUAAGUUAAAAUAAGCAUGAACUAUUCUGAUGGUUUUGGUCUAAUUUCUGCUGUGUUAUUGUCUGUUAAUCACAAGUAUUUUUGUAAUAUCAUAUUUAGAUUUCCAUGCUUGGAGAUCAUGUCAGCAAACCCCCUUUUUUCAAGUAAGAAGAGAGACAACUCAACAUUGUUUGGGGGUGGGCAUCUGCGUUCAAGCACCUCUUUUAACGCGCAGCAAGCUAGUGACAUCACAAACAAUGACAGAAGCAAGUGCCCACCACCAAAGCGUUAUAGGACAGACACUGUGCCAGAGAUAAAAACAAUGGCAGACCCUUUCUGUGACAAUGAAGAUUUUACAGCUGAUGAUCUUGAGGAGAUUGACAUUUUGGCCUCACAAGCAUACACACAGGAUUCAGAAGUGACGGAUUGCCAUACUGAUCACAUCCAAAGCAGAAAAUUAACAAACAAACAAGCAACCAACAUCGGAAACAAAACCACACACCAAACCUGCCAGCAAAGGCCACCUAGUGAUCCUCUAGGUAGGUGAAAUAUCUGGUAUAUGUAUUGCUUACUAUUUCUAGUUGGUGGAACUCUACAUGUUAUUUUUAAAUUCUUGGGUCUUUAACCCCUUAAGGACCAAACUUCUGGAAUAAAUGGGAAUCAUGACAUGUCACACAUGUCAUGUGUCCUUAAGGGGUUAAAGAAGUUAAAAUGCAUAUCUCACAUCAAAAUGUGUAAAAUACCCAGAUGUUACUAAUAUCAUGACACAAAGUCAUGAUUUUAUUAAAGACACGGAGGGUCAUAUUAUGCUGCACUCAUCCUUUAAUUCCCUCCGCAGUAAAGCAAGAUAACAUUAACAUAGCUGAAAAAACAUAGUUGGAAAAAAAUAAAUAAAACAUCCUGUACAUAGAUCAUAUGCAUAACAACACAUCAUCCAAUGAAAUACAGGCUCAAUCCUAUUUAAGGCAGGACCUAUCUCUCCAUUUCCUCUUUCUGUUGAUCCCGAAGCUAAAUCAAUUCCAACUUGGCGGAACAAUAUAAUCCAAAUAGCAGGACAAACUUCAAUGAACUGUAGAACCAUGUAUCAAAGUUUUGAACUUUCAGGGAAGUUGUCCGUGAAGCAAGUUAGGCUUAAAGAAAAGAAACAGUAUGGUAAUAACUGGGAGUACCAAGUAUGCGCAAUCCUCAUCACCCACAAUUAUAGUAACCAAUAGGUAAGUAUAUGAAAUCGGUAGUCAAAUAGGUUAGUAAGCAACAUAAAUAUUAGAAACCAUGCACUACGUGUCAAACGCAAUCACCUUACCCUUAAUGAAACACAUCAUAGCCAUGGAAACAAACAAUCUACUUACUGUAUCCCAGUAGAGAUAGUUUAAUGGAGGGGGGGGGGGGAACAAUACUCGUCUCCGUGUCUUUACGUCAUGAUAUUAGUAAAAUCUGGGUAUUUUAUUAAAGACACAUAUUAUGCGUGUUCAAAGCUGGUCAAUAACUUGUUCAGAAAAAUGGCUAAUGGGUUUAAAAUAGAAAUACCUGAAAAAAGAUUCUGAAGACCAGCCACAGAAAGUCUGAGUUUGAAGGCGAGGGCUUGCAAUCACAGACUUCCCAAUGGAGCUCAAUGAGAAAGUCUGUGCAAGGCAUGUGCUCUGAGCAAUUGCCUGCGUUUUGAGUUUAGCUCCUCUGUGCUAACCAAACCAAGAAAUCAUAAAUCAGGAUGUCUGAUUAACAGCUGUGGGGGUGUAACAAGGUUAACUUAUAAGAGAAAGGAAGACACACAUAAAGCACUUCAGCAAAAUGAAGUGCUCAAAAGGUCUGGAGUGUCCCUGUAAGUACUCUUUGUCCACUUGAAGCGCAUGUAUUCAGUGGGCAAAUAGGUAUAUAUUCUAGGCAGAGCGAGGUUUAACCAUGUGGUUGCUAGCCAGAUGCUUUUUUUUUUUUAAAGAAAUAUAUAAAAAUGUGUAUGAGGGUCACAGGGGUAUUUGUAAUAUCUUGGCACAGAUAUCAGCUGUUUGGCAGCUUUUGGUACGGAUGAAAUUCAGGCUCAUUUGGGGCCUGCUCUGAAAAAUCUGGGCACUGUUAAAUAGUGUGAGCAAUGUCUGAAUUUUGCAGUUCCAAUGGCCCCAUACUACACCAAAUGGUUUUGCCUUAUUCAAUAUAGUUCCGCUCAGACUUAAGUGAUUAACCCUGUAUAUCGCUUGUUACUUACGCUAGUUUUCCAGAAAAUGUCACUCACUUCUACUUUGUCAAAUUACUUGAAUAUUUGUGAUUAAAAAUGACUCUGAAUUAAAUGUAACUUUAGUCACUGAAAAAUGUUAAUUUGUACAGUUUGAUUUACCAAAUAUAACAGUGCAGUGCCUGAAUGUCUGGUAACUGUACUGUGUUGUAUGUUUGUUACUAUGGCAUGUUUACAUAUUAUAUAACAAUUCUUGUUAUGAAGUGAGACUUACUGUGCAGACAUUAGGAAUUAUAGUAGGGGUGUUGGUGAGAGGAAGGGGGCUGACUCUUUUGUAAUUUAUUACUGUUAGAUCUGAAUGCCGGGGCUUGUGAGAGAAAUUCACUCUGUGAGUGUGUACAUGUAUAAUAUUGUGUGUUGGGCCACCAUCCAGUCGUGGCAUUGAACUGACUGCUCAAGGAGUAUAUAAGCCAAGCCUUGAGCUCUGUAAGGGGCCCCAAAAUUUCCAAAGGGGGUCUUGAUUGUGUGCAUAUGAGUAACAGUGUGUGCGUGUGUAUUUAUGAGUAUGUGUAACAGUCUGUGUAUCUGUGAAGACAGGCAAGUCAUCAAAAAAGGAAAAUAUACAAAAUAUGUAUUUUACCAGUUAGAGUUAAAUAAAAAAAAUGGCAAAAUAACAGAACCGUAACCUUCAGUGCCUCAGCGGAGCAGACCUUGUAGAUACGCAUUUCAUUUCAAAUUAAAGUUUUCAAGAUGGUAAGGUCUAUGAUGUGGGUUAAAUAGGAAAACAGUCUCACAGCGCCCCAUUAAUAAUCUGGCAAAACUGCUUGCAGAUCUAAAUGCCAUAAAGGAUUCUAUUUGAACACAACCAGUUACAAAUGCUUACUCGCAGUGAUACAAAUCUAGUUACAAUAUGCAAAGGCUCCCUUACAAAAUUAUUGCCUAGUCAAAAAAAGUAUAUAUAAUUGAGAGAAAAACGCCUGGUGAGUUCUAUUAAGUGGUCCUUAUUUUCAUGGUUUGUGUGUGUUUGAGCUUGUAUAUGUGUAAUAUUGCGUAUAUAUGUGUACCAGUGUGUGUGUUUCUCUGAGUAUGUGUAACAAUUUGUAUCUAUUUUGUAUCUAAUUUUUUUUUGUGUGUGUGUGUAUAUGAAUGUAUAUCUAUCGGCAGAGAGUGAGGCGGGACAUUGGGUGGAGAUUGAGCGGAUUUAGGGUAAAUGUAGGAGGGGAUAUCAAAUAUAUAUUUAUGGUUUAAGCCCCAGAUUGUUUACCCACUUAGCAGCACCCUUGUAAAGUUCAUGCCUUAUUUGCCAUACUUGUCAUGUAGCUUUUAAAAAUAAUUUGUUACAGAGCAAAUCAUGUCUGUUAAAGUACCUAGUUGCUUCAGGAUUGAAUAAUUGUGAUUAUCCUUGAAUUUUAAUAUACAAAUUUAUUUCUAUAGAGUCCUAUGAAGAUAAAUAUAUCUUUGAACAGAAGGGUUUGCAAACUGAUUAUGAAGAUCUGAAGCAGAAGGUAGGAUUUUAUUAUUGUACACAGCUAAUUCUAUAUUAAACAGAAAACUCUCUUACUCUAAUUGCCCAAAAGGAGUGAUGUGACUUCCAAUUAUUCUGGCUUUAUUAUAUUUCAUUCUUGAUAAUUACCCAAUUUCUGUUGUAAGACAUUUUGCUCAGUUGACUCUUUAUAUGAUUUACUGGGUUAAAAUAUAUAUAUAUAUAUAUGAUAUAUUUUUAUUUAUUUAUUAAAUGUGGAUUUUUAGUGUGGAACAAAAACGUAGCCUUUUGUCUGUGUCUUAACCCCGGCCUGUUUUGGCCAUGUUGUACGUUAAGGACCAGGGCUCUUUUAACACUUUUGUGGUGUUUGAUUUUAGUUGUAAUUUUCCUCUCUCUCAUUUACCGUUCCCAGACAAGUUAUAUAUUAUUUUUUUAGGACAAAAAGGGCUUUCUUUACAUACCAUGAUUUGUAUCAUGUCAUAUACUUUACUUAAAAAAUAAAAUAUGGUGAAAAACUGAAAAAAACAUUAUUUUUUUUUUAUUUUUUUUUACUUUUGCUUGAAAAAUCUUUUACUUACCUAUGAAAGCUAAUAAAAAAAAAACUGCUAAAUAGAUUCAAAAUUUUGACCUGAGUUUAAAAACACCCAGUGUUUUACUUUUUUUGCAAGUUAUAGGGCUGUAAGUACAAAUAGGAAAUUGAUGUUUCAAAAUAUAUAUAUUUUUAAAAUGUAUCAAUAGUGACAUUGUAACACUGUUAUCUGUCAUAAAAUUCUCUGAAUCACACCCCACAUGUACAUAUUUUUAUAAAGUAGACAACCCAGGGUAUUCAAUAUGGGGUAUGUCCAGUCUUUUUUUUAGUAGCCACUUAGGCACAAACACUGGUCAAAGUUAGUGUUCAUAUUUGUCUGUGUGUGGAAAAAGUAAAAAACUAAAUUGAACGCUAAUUUUGGCCAGUGUUUGUAACUAAGUGGCUACUAAAAAAGACUGGACAUACCCCAUUUGCAAUACCUUGGGUUGUCUUCUUUUGUAAAUGGUAUGCCAUCAUGGGGGUAAUUCUCAUUCCUGGGCUACCAUAUGGUCCCAAAGGCAACAUAACCAACCUGGCAAUUUUCAAUGUAAAAAUAUUUGACCCUGUAACCCAAAAACGCUAUAAAACCUGUACAUGCGGUUACUAUAAUACUCGGGAGACUUUGCUGAACACAAAUAUUACUGUUUCAAAACAGUAAAAUGUAUCACCACAAUUAUAUCUUCAGUGAAAAUGGUGUUUGUGUGUGAAAAAUGCAAAGAAAAGUCACUUUCACUGACAAUAUCAUCGCUGUGAUAUGUUUUACUGUUUUGAAACUAAUAUUUGUGUUCAGCAAAGUCUCCUGAGUAAAACAGUACCCCCCAUGUACAGGUUUUAGGGUGUCAUGGAAAGUUACAGGAUUAAAUACAGUGCUAGCAAAUUAAAUUCUCUGGACUUUCGGCCUAGGUUGUCAAGCAGGUCCCUCAAAUUGCAAUCAAGAAAAUUACUUAAUUAUGUAAAAAUAUUACAUAAAUACGCACGUAUAAUUAAAAAAAAAUUAAAAAUAAUAAAUAUAUAUAUAUAUAUAUAUAAUGCAUAUUUUAUAUAUUUGAAGUCUACAUGUAUAUUUAUAAAAUUAUUUAAGUAAUUUUGCAUAUGGAUAUAUAUAUAUUUUGUAUUUUGAUUUAUUUAUAUAUACAUAGAUGUAAAUAUUUCAUUCUAAGUGUAUUUUGAUAUAAAUAUAAAAAACACAGAAUAAAAUUUCAUAUAUUGGAAGGCGGGGCCUGAAGUUGUGGGAGGGGAUUUGUCCCUUUAAAAGGGAGUCCCCCUCCUUACUUACCUGCUGGUCUAGACGUUCUUUUGACUGAUUGGUUGACGGCACUUCCAGUUUCCAGCACUGAACGUUUGUUUUUCGCAGCACUCAGUUCUCCUAACAGCUGGUCGGUUGUUUCACUCCGCCAAACACUCUGCCGUCCGUUACGGGACUUGCUUGCCCAAAUAGUGAGUACAGCAGACUGGUAUCGUACCCGUCUGCAUGUUAAUCCUAGCCUGACCCGCCGGUGUGUUACACACACCAGAGAUACGGCAGACCACCCACGGACUGACCGCAGGUCACGGAGGUCUGGGGUAUCCCUGCAAACUGCCUCCACCGGCUUGCGUUAGCAAGUCUCUUUGUGGCAGAGUGUCACAGGAAGGUUCAGGGACAGUUAAGGGUGGUGGAUUACCAACAAGGUGCAUCUAAAGCCCGGUUUCUUCCUCCAUAUACCGGCGUAUACCCGUAGAUACAGCCACAGGAUCUCGGUACAUCAGCCUGCCUGCCUCUUUUAAACAAGCAGGCAGACAGGUUACAUAUGAUAGGGAAACUACUCCCAUCACUCUCAAGGCAGUCAUGGCCUACAAAUACCCGGCAGAGCUAGAGUCACUGAGCUAUAACCCCCAGCUUCUAAUGAAAGCCAGCAGGGCUAGAAUAUGCUGCACAUAAUCAAUCUCAUCUUUGAACAAAAAACAUACCAUACAGUAUGCAAAACAUACAGACCUAAUCUGUGGAAAGAAGCUGACAUUCUCCAACAACACACUUUCUCCUCCCUAACAUUCUUGCACUUAGGUAGGCGUAAUGAGGCACAUACUGUAGAAACAAUUAAGCCAGUUAUGGUUCGGUUGGAAGCUGGCUGCAUAUAUACAAUGUUUGUCUUUUUCAUAAAAAUACAAUGUCAGCCAAUGUGUCUCUCAUGUUCAGCGCUCAUAUCUAUAAAUCGUGUUAUGUUACAGUAUUAAGUACACUCCGCUCCCUCCUCGGCCCCCCUUUCUCACUCACCCUCCUCUUACAUACCAUCAGAAGGGGAACCGCUCCCUCCUCAGGUGCAGGUCAGCCGGAAAGCACAACCAAGUAUAGCACUGCAGGCGGCAAUACAGGCUGUAACCUCUAGAGGCAGUACACGCAUACCACUCAAUGCAGUCUAGGGGUUAAUUAUACUUGGCAUAUUUUAAGUUAAUUAUAUGUGUUGAUGCAAUAUUUAUUAAAAUACUGCUUAGGAAUGACCAAAGUCUCAUUUUAAAAAUAUACAUGACUGGUUAUUUAUAUAUGUGGAUAUAAGUACAAUAUGCAUAAUGAUGAAUGAUAUUCCUCUCGGGAGGUUAAUUAUACCACUAAAAGUUACGUUACAACGCUACCUGAUUAAUCAGGAACUAAUUGCCCAGGGUAUAUAUACCGUAUACUCACACCGUGGGUCUUCAUUAUAUCUGCAGACCUCCUUACGUGAUUCUAGAACCAUAUUACAAACUCUUUAUUCAGUGGCCUUAUAUCCUGAUUCUCCUGGCAGGGUUCAGAGACUGAGACAAAGACCAGAUAUUGUGUUGCUUCCUUUGGUGCGUUCACUAUAUGAACAACGCACGUUUCGUUAAAUCAGACACUAGACACUCAGUGCAUACGUACACACAUGGUGCCAGGCAGACAUUUGCUAUACUGCUAUAAGGGAUUUACGAUCAAGCUGCUGACCAGUUAUCUUGUCUUCAGUUUCAGGCGUACAGGAGGUCCUUAACAAACUACCUCACCGAUAGCCACGAUCGCUCCACAACUCCAUGAAUUACAUAUGGAAUAGAAGAGUUGCACAGUCACAGCAAGAAUUCACACAGUUGGCCCUCACAGAAUACACACACUACUAUAAAGGAGUUUACGGCAUACAGCUAAGUUCAUGUCAGAUCACCACCUUACAAACUGGUUCAAGAAUACAACAUUGGGGGAUUUCGACAUUUUUUUGCCACAUCAAAAUAAAUGUCACACAACAUUAUUAAGUUAUAUCUCCCGGACAUUCUACACCACAUGUGUUCAAUUACAAACACCAUUCUCAAAACUGCCAUAUACUUGGCUUUUAUGGUUUCCUAUGACCCAGAGAAUUUACCAUCACUGGGCAACACGAUUUCAAGCUUUGCCUACGGUAUUCUAACCUGUCCAAAUACAGGAUCACUACGUAUUAAAGUGCCCCCACCCUCAGGGUCCCCCUCCUGCCCGGCUCUGGAAAGGGGAAAAGGGGUAAAACGUACCUUUUUCCAGCGCUGGACGGGGAGCUCUCUGCCUCCGAUCCUCCUCCGUUCCUCCCCGUCGGCUGAAUGCGCACGUGCGGCAAGAGCUGCGUGCGCAUUCAGCCGGUCGCAUAGGAAAGCAUUAUCAAUGCUUUCCUAUGGACGCUUGCGUGCUCUCACUGUGAUUUUCACAUUGAGAAUCACGCAAGCGCCUCUAGUGGCUGUCAAUGAGACAGCCGCUAGAGGAUUUGGGGGAAGGCUUAACCCUUUCAUAAACAUAGCAGUUUCUCUGAAAUUGCUAUGUUUAUAAAAAAUGUGUUAACUCUAGCUGGACCUGGCACCCAGACCACUUCAUUAAGCUGAAGUGGUCUGGGUGCCUAGAGUGGUCCUUUAAGCUUACCAUCAACUAAGACCAGCCAGAGGGGUCACGAGGUGCUUAUGCAGUAUUACCCCACCUACAAGGCAUACCUCAGCCGACACAGAAAUUAAGAAAUGCAUUUGUGUAAUGUCACCGUAAUACGCUAACUCCAUGUCUUGUGUUUUCGUAUAAAUAUCUUUAACACUAUAUGGGUAUUCCUUUUGCCCACUUAUUUACACGCCUACCACACACGUCGGUUUCGGGGCCUGAAGUUGUGGGAGGGGCUAUGUCCCUUUCUGUAAUAGCCUUUAAAUAGUCUAUAGAGUUUACUAAAUGAUAGACUGAGAUCCCCCUCCUUACUUACCUGCUGGUCUAGACGUUCUUUUGGCCCACCCUCCUCUCCCUCUAUUCAAUACUAUUUAAGGUAGGCCCACUUAUUUACAGGCCUACCACACAUGUCGGUUUCGGCACACCUCUACCGACUUUAUUAUUAUUGUGAUAAGUAUACUCACUUGCUAUUUCAUACUAUAUUGAAAUAGCCCUGAACACAAAUAUAAAUAAAUAUAGAUAUAUAUAUAUAUAUAUAUAUAUUUGUGUAAUGUUACCGUAAUACGCUAACUCCAUGUCUUGUGUUUUAUAUAUGUAUGUAAUUUUUUUAUUGUUUUUAAGUUCGUUUUUUUUAUUUUAACUUACUUAUUUGUAUUAUAUAUAUAUAUAUAUAUAUGUGUGUGUGUGUGUGUGAUUUGAUUAUAAGUGUAUUUUUAUAUUAAUAUAUGUAUAUAUUAGUAUAAAAAUACACUUAGUAUGACAUUAUAUAUAGAUAUAUAAUUAUAUUUGUAUUAACAUUAACAUUUUUUUUAUUUUACACUUGCAGGGAGACUGCCUGUCAGCACAGGCAGUCCCCCUGCAGGCACACACUUGGACACCUAUUGUGACCAUGUGACUGCUCUGUUGAGCGAUGACGUGGCCGCGCAUCCUAUUUUGCCGCAAGAGAUUGCCUGGUCUGUCAGGCAGUCUCCCCACACUGGAAUCAAUGUCGAUCCCCACAGGGGGAACGACGGUGAUCAGGUAAAUACAUAUUACCAUUAUGACGGUUCAAGACCGUCACCGUUCAUCAAGGGGAUUUUUUCAAUGACGGUCCUGAACCGUCACCGGUCGUAAAGGGGUUAAAUAAACCGUAUGUAAACAAAAACACUUCAUAUUAAAACAUAUUUAUCGUUAAGCCAACCUCUAAAGUCAUGGAGGAUAAAAAUAAAUAAAUUUCUGUUCGACGUAAGUGAGUAACUAAGUACCAAUAUUGAUAACGUGAAUCCCUUUCUGUAAUAGCCUUUAAAUAGUCUAUAGAGUUUACUAAAUGAUAGACUGAGAUCCUUCACUUUGUAAUGUAUUAUCCUCAAAAGGACACUAUUGUCACCAAAACAACUUCAACUUAAUGAAGCAGUUUUGGUGUAUAGAACAUGCCCCUGCAGUCUUACUGCUCCAUUCUCUGCCAUUUAGGAGUCUAAUCGCUUUGUUUAUGCAGCUCUAGUCACCUCCCUGCAUCUAACUUGCACAGCCUCCCUAAACACUGAUAUUCACUGAAUAUCAGAUAUUCUAGGUUCCUGUAUUGCACGUGUUCCAUUGGCUGCUCUACAUUGAUAAGGGGAACCACCAGCCCCACAUAUUAUCUGGGGAGGCACCUUAUGAAUGCUCUUCUAUUUCCAUCAUCUUGUGAGUGCAUCCAUUUAAAGCGCACAAUUCACUGUAUAUACUGUAUUACACUAUUGUGUUUUUUCUUUAUAUGUUCUCUCUAUAGACUGUACAGCCGUAUCCCUUUUCUGUUUGUGGUUCUAUCCUGUAUUGCACAGUCUGUUUAAUCUGGAAUUUCUUAUCUCUACCUCUGUUAAUAGCCUUCUGUACCACUCAGGAGCCUCCUGUCUGUGAUUAAAGUUCAACUUACAGAGAAGGAGACAAAAACUUCUAAAGCAAGUUAGCAUCUGAUUAGUGAUGAAACAAUUUUCUAUGCAGGCUGCUUCAGUCACAGCCAGGGGGUGUGAAAAGGACUGCAUACAGAGAAACACAAGUGUCUUAACUGCUAAAUGGCAGGAAAUUGAGCAGAGAGACUGCGAGGGCAUGAUCUAUUGCUUCAUUAAGCUAAAGUUGUUUUGAGGCCUAUAGUAUCCAUCCAUAGUAGUCAUCGAUGCUCUCCGUACCAUCAUUAUUACAUUUUGCAAAUUCUCUAAUAAUGGAUACCUUAAAAAACCCAGAAUAUGAACCCAAAUGGAAGAGUAUAUUAGUAAAGUUGGGAAAUCUAAACAAGCUAAAUAUAUACACAAAUAGUCACAUACAAAGUACACUAAAAUGCUGUAAUGACUGUUCCCUAUUCUCUAUCACCAGAUAAAUAGUGUAGGAAAUCGGAAUAACACAAUUAAUUGUCAGCCUGUUACAGCACAGAAUUACUGGUUAUUCAAGAAAUAAAUCAAGAAGGAGAAAAGUAACAAUACAUCAACAAAAUGAUCUGUGUAUGCACAUGUAGCAAACUAAUUGCAAAUUACCUAAAGCACUUGUUUUAGCUUUCUCUCAUAGUCUAGAAAAGUCACUAAAACCCUUAGGCCAGAUGAUUCACUAUUGAUGUAUUUCCGUUGGCUGAUCACUAGAGGUCACUGUUUCAUCCAAAUAGUGUAUAUAAAUUAAGAUUUCAAGUUAUAAUAAUAAUAAUAAUAACAACAACAACGUAUUUAACCAGGAAAGGUGCAUUCAGAUUACUCUGGUUUUCAAGUACGUCCUAGGGAUAUUACCUUAGCCCAGCACCCAGGGGAUGUUACUAUUAUCCAAUUUAAUGAUACUCAUUUUAUCUACCUCGGAAGGAUGAAAGGCUGCCAGCUAUACAACACAGAGUUGUUGGUGAACUGAAAAAAAUAAAAAUAAAAAAUAGAAAGAGAGGGAAAAGGUUAAGUCGUAGUAGUUGAACAAAAUAGUCUGCGCACUCUUCGCGCAAUAUUUAGCCUUUUUCUGUGUUAAUUAUUCUGUCAUUUGAUUGCUAGAUGCAAGCCCAUUUUUUAUAUUGUUUUGGUUCUGCAGAUGAAGGAACUACAAGACCAAGUAGUUAUAAAGAAUGGAGAAAUUAAAGUAUUGCGGGAUGCUCUGCGUCAAACGGAGUCUAAUUUUGAACAGCAGAAAAUUUCACAAGUGUUGUCGGAAAAAGAAAAGGCACAAAUCUAUAGUGAAAAGGAAAAAGACCUGUUGAAAAAGGUAUUCCAUCUUCAUGCACAUGUUCUUUUGCCUUACAGAUAAUGGAAUUUGGAAUGAUUGAAUAUAAUUUGUUUAUGUUGUAUUUAUUUAUUUAUAAACAUUCACAUUAUAGUCUGAUUAUAUUCGCACAAUCUCAUAUAUAUUGAAAUUCUAACAUUUAAAGAUUGGCUUUGAUAAAAGCUCCCUCCAAUAACAUACUAUUUCUGCAGACAUUUUUCUCCACUUAUCUAUGAUACUAAAAUGCCUGAAUACGCAACAUUCCAUGUAUUCCAUAUGUAAGUUUUAUAACCCCUUAAUUACCAAAGCUUUUCAGGGAUUCCCUGUGCUUGGGAUGAAGGCUUCUUAGGCACUUUUGCUAUACAAUGUUUUCUUUAAAAUGUCAUCCAUGUGCAUAAUUUUUUUUUUAAGGUACAGAUCAGGCAUUAGGCCAUUUUCUAUUUAUUUUUUUUCUUACUAUUUGGCUUAUAAUUAUUUAAACAUAACUAGUGCAACUAUUUAAUAAUAACUAAAGAUACAUUCACUCACUUGCACUGAAUGCCAAUAUGUCUAGGAUUUUGAUUAGUUAUUUGUAAGUUGUAAGACCUAUACUGCAAGGGAUUAGGUUUUUUUUACUGUCAUGGCGAUAGGUCGUGUUUCACAGGAGCGCCUAACAAAACUGUGCAUAAACUUCACUUAUUGGCAUUUCUAAAAACCUAUUCUUGUACCGCCUAAAAGACAUACCGGCCUGAGAACACUUCCCAUAGUCAUUUGCUGCUGUUUGUCCGAAGCUUCUUACCGCCAUUUGAGAAAGGCAGCUGGUCUCCCGGCACAGCCCAGGCAAAAUUCCACCAAAUGGACGCUGGCACCCCGCAACCCCCUCUCCUAUUGGACCGGUGAGGGUGAUCCUGGUUCCAUCCAUGAAGGCUUCCCAGACAUGUUGAGAUGCUGUGGUGGUGCUGCAUUUACUGACUGUCCCGAAAGUCCAGGCCUGAGCAAAGCAGAAACCAAAAUCAACAUGGCAUCUUAGUAAAUAUGAGACAAGUAUGGGGUUAACACAGCAGGAAGAGUUGUAGAGCAGACACCAACAAGAGCUACGGGACCAACUCCUUACACAUUCAGCACUGAGCCUGAAGAUCUCCAUGAACCUGGUGGACUGUAUCCAGCUCGCAACAAGCAAGGCUGAACAGCUCGCCACACAUACUGCAGCAUUCUACCACCUCUUAAAGGAAAUAUCUUUGAUUUUAAUUUACUUUAUAAUCGUUUCCUUUUAUGUCUCACUUAUCUGAAUGAUCGCAUAAUACCUGGGGGACAGUAUAGAGUGGAACGCUUUGUGUGGUUUAAUGGUUAUUAAGCAUGCUCACAUUUAUUCUCUCUUACAAUACGCUAAGUGCAUAAAAGUAGCUUGUUCCCUUUUCUUGUGUUUUCUACAUAGUGAACUGUUAUUUUUAUUGUUUUAUUUUAAUUCUAAUUUAAAAUGAAACCUUAAAAUACCAUGUGUGAUAUGUCUGGUUACUUAUGUUCAGCAAUUUGCUAUGAUUCUUGUACAUCCACUUCAUGUCUCUGCAUAAAUGUCGCAUUGUUCAACUUCUGUUAUUAUGCCUCAAUAAAAACUAUGACUGACAAAAAGGAUCCCGUUGUGCAAGCAUGUCAAACUCAAAGGCUAACAAGGGCCAAAUAAACAAGGUUUAAAGGAACACUAUAGUGCAAGGAAAACAAACUCGUUUUUCUGGCACUAUAGGGUUAUUAGGUCCUCCCCUCCCUUGGAGUCCCCCUCCCGCAGGGCUGAAGGGGUUAAAACCCAUCCAGCCACUUACCUUAAUCCAGCGCCAGGCUCCCUUGGCGCUGGUGACCUCUCCUCCCUCUGCCGUCGUCAGUUUCGAAUGCGCAUGCGCGGCAAGCAGUGCGGGGGCAUUAAAACCACACAUAGGAAAACAUUACCCAAUGCUUUCCUAUGGACAUCCAGCAUCAUCUCAAUGUGAUUUCACACUGAGAAUCGCUGUGUUUUCAGCUGCAGGGUUAAAACUAGAGGGACCUAGUGGACCUAGAGGGGCUGAAGUGGUCUGGGUGCCUAUAGUGGUCCUUUAAGUUUAUGAUGGCUGCAAAAAAAAAAAAAAAAACUAAUAUAUUUCAGUUUUCAUAGAACGUAGGUUUACUUAGAAAACUACAAUAUAAAAAAAAGUUGCUUAACUAACACUGAAUGUCCUCAUGCUCGUAGGGCAUCAAAGUAAACAAAAAAGCAGAUUUAUUUUCAGGAGACGUGCAUUUGCAUAUACCCAAUGUUUCAGUUAAUGGGACUGAAAUGGUGAAUGUAUGCUGUUUCACAGCUGUAAAAAAUACAAAUGAUGUUAUAUUGUUUAUUUUGAAGUCCUAUGAGUGUGUUCUUCACUUUGGCAGAGAUCAUCAAACUUGAUCUCAGCCAAUCCAAUGUUUUGAAAGGCUAUUGUGCAUGUGUGGCAAAACGCUGUUCAGUGCCUCCCAAUCUAAUACACUGCCCCCCUCCCCCAUUCUAAUACAUUGCCCUCCUCUCUCCACUCUUUUUUAUAUACUGCCACAUCCCUCCACUCUUAUACAUUGCCCCGUUGCACCACUCUAAUACUAGCCUCCCCCAAACUAAUGCACAGCCUCCCCCAAUCUAAUGCACUGCUCCCCAAUAUAAUACACAGCCUCCCCAAUCUAAUACACAGCCUCCCCAAAUCUAAUACACUGCCCUCCUCCCCCAAUUUAAUACACAGUCCUCCCUCUAAUUUAACACACUGCCCCCCUCCCACCACCCUCUCUCCAAAUGUAAUACACUGAUCCCUCCCUCCUCCAAAUUAAUAUAUUGCCCCUCACUCCCUCCCCUCUAAUUCACUGCCUCCCUUCCUCCUCCAAAUUAAUAUACUGCCCACUCCUUCCCCAAUUUAAUACACAUUCCCCAAUUUAAAACAGUACACAGGAAAGGUCCCCCAAGCCCCUCUUCCUUUUACCUAAAGAUGAGCUGCCCGUCCUCCAGUUCCAGCCCUGAUCUUCUCUCCUCAAGUGGGCCUGACGCUCCUCUGGCACUGGACUAAGGCUUAGAGCUCUUAAGGCCGCCGGAGUACGCGAUCAGCUGUGGCAGGACAGACAGGAAAUAUCUUCCAUGUCUUGCGGCUGGUCGCAGCCACAGCAUAAAGCGGCCCAAGGGCAGGCGGGCCGCAAAUAUAUUCACUGUGUGACACAGGGUCUGCGGACCGCAAGUUUGACAUGCUUGCCCUAGAGUAUUUUGACUCUAUUAAUUUAAACAUUUUGUCACUUGAUUAUGUGUGUCCCACUGCCAUAAAAAAAAAAAAAAUUAAGAAAGAAACUGAAAACCCAGCUUUGCACUUUAGUACUAUUCAUGAGUUCUGCUUUACCCCAGAUGUAGUAGACCUUUUAUAAGGUCAAUUUACAUACAUACUAAGUAAUUUCCCUUGAUUUACUGGACUUUACUGCCAUCAUGACAUACCACUUGCAAAAUAAGAUCUAUUUGGGCAAUGAAUAUGGGUAUUUGUAGUCUAUUCAUUUUAAUAUUCAUUCACAUUUCAGUUUAUUGGUGAAUUUCAGAGACCAGAUUUGUAUUCUGCUACAUCUCCCAAGUACAUUGAUAUCUCCCUUGUGCACCUUUUGCCCGUUUUUUGGGGGAGUUGGAGACAUGCCCUAAUUUUGUUAUGUCUCUUUGUUUAUUUUUCAUAGACGCUAUCUGUUCCCAUUCUGAUCAGUGAUCAGUCAGUGACCACCAACCUCGGCAAGCAUGGCUGCAGUCAGUGAUCUGCUGCUACUAAUUGCACAGAAUCUCUAUUCUGUUCCCUAUCACAGACUUUCCAAGCUGCUGGAAGCAUUGGUGCUGAGGAUUGUAGGUCAUAGCAUGUAGUGUUAUACUGUAGUUCAGAUCUGAAUGACCCUGUAAUGGUGCAUGCAGGGACCUCAAGAAAGAUAUUUCUGUGAUAUCUCAUUUGUGAGACAUUCUGUAUAUAAUACAUAAUAGCUGAAUUUCACAGAAUACAGUGGGACCUGCAUUUAAAAAGCACUUUUGGACAAGGAAGCCUAUUUUAGCCCUUAAAUCACGCCUUUCAAACUGAUACUGUAUGUUGCCAGUAAGGGGUUAAUUAAGCUUUCCAGGCUUUGCGUGGCACUAACACAUUGCUUUAGAAUACCCAGAAGUACCUUAUAACUUUUGGCAAAAUAUGAACUCUUAAAUUUGAUAUCCUCUUAUGCUAAAUAAUAAAGAGGCUUGGGGCAAGCCAACCUCAAAACCGUACAAAACUUUAUUUCUGACAACUUAACUGAGCAGUGGGAGCUUACAAACAUUGCAGAGGAUGGAUAUGGACGCUUCAAUGACGGCGAUAGCUGAUAUACUCUAUCGCUAAACUAGUUAACGCACCCUGUAAGAACACUCAUUCCGGAUUAUCAUCUUUACUGAGUUACACUACACUUUUGAAAUACAGACUUUUUUUUUACAUUUGUUUUCAUUGUAAAAUGAAAGCACAGAGACUGAUGUGUUUAUUCAUUAAGAUAAUGAAGCUACUUGCUGCACGUGCUUUAAAAGAACAGCAGUUUAGCCAUGAAUCAAAAAAACAAAAAACAUCAAAGUAAAAGCCCCCGUUUUAAUGUAUUUAAUGAGGGUGAGCUUACUGGAUUACAGUAUUUUGCACAUAUCUGCAAUUGUUUUCUAAUUAUUGCAGAGAGAGGUGCAGGGAUGCUGGUUGCAAUUUAUCUAUUUAUGGGUGCAUGGAGUGUACCUCUUGGCUUCUAUUAACAUUAGUUUUUGGCAUGGGAAGAAAACAAAAUAUUUAUAUUUUUAAUGUUAUGAUGUUUACCUCUUUCUCUUUGUGCAGAUGCAAUCUCUGAAGUCAGAAUUGGAGUUUAAAGAUGCUGAAAUGAAUGAACUUAAAACAAAACUUCUAAACUGUGAACGAAACAGGAUUCCUGUGCAGUCAGUCAGGUAUAUUUGUUAUGGUGGAGACAUCUGUACUUCUGUGUAUAUGUUUUUACAGUACAUUGGGGGGUUUAUUCACUAAAUGCCGAAUUGAAGCCAAACAGUAGGUGAAUGCCAUUCGAUUGUCAAAAGUCAUCUUUGGAAAUCUAAUCUUUUGUGUUCUACACCCAAUCUAAUCCAGGCUGUGUCGAGGGACCCUGAUUGUGAGGUCUCAGAUAGUUUAAGACCCGAAUAAGCAAUUUCUGGCACUCCAGAUGUCGUGGACUAUAUCUUCCCAGAUGCUUUGCCUGUGUCAUGGCUGUAAGAGCAUUAUGGGAGAUUUAGUCCACAAAUGAUUGACUUUAUUUCUCACUGAGCUUCACUGUAGGGUACAACACCUACAGUGAGGGAGAAUAAGAGGCUCCAGGGGAGUUUGAGUGUGAUGGUUGUAGGCUGCUCUUGGUGACACGGGUGAGCCGAAAGCCCUCUGUCUUUUGUUACAAAAAUGGUUGCAAAGUGACUUUUCCAAGAUUGAAUGUUAGGACUGGAGAGGCAAAUAGUUACAUUACAGAGAAGAUAUAUGUGAAGAAAAUAGCAUGCCAUUCGAGACUUUUGAUGCUUUAUUUGUUCAGUAGCUGUAACAACUGAACACCGACCACCCCCCGGCUCAUUAUCUUCAAAGAAAACUGUUGAUUAAUCGUUCUCCCAGUGUAGCCGAAUGCCACGUGCAAGAGAAAACUGCGGCCAUCUUGUUUGCACGAAAGGAGGCAGCGGGACUUGGUCAUCAAGUGUCUGGAACUAAAAUCGUACACUCGACUUCUCAAACACCGGUCAAACCAUACGAACACCUGCUUCCUUUUCCCGAACAGCCAGGAGAGUGCUGUUCGGUAGAUUAGUUCCCACGAACCAGGGGAACAAUCGCUCCUAUGAGCCAGGGGGCUCCGUUCAUGCAUUUAUUCAUUUUUAUGUCUUUUCGAUAUAGACUGACCGCACAGCCUAAAUGCAUGGAACUGUUUUGGGCAGGAGCCUCGUUUGCGGUCAGUCACAUGGGACUUCCAUAAAAUUCGAAAACCCCCUGAACUGAUCUGGGUGAUUUGUAGAUAUGUUAGGGGGUGUGACUUUUAAGGGGAUACUAUAUGUUUUAGGGUACUUUCCAAGUUUUAGGGAAAUCAUGUUUUUACUGCCUGAAGAUAAUUGAGUUACCAAGUUAGCUGACUCCAUUAUCUCACAGACAGAGAGGAGGGGAUUGUCUGUUUGCAUUGGGAGUGUGCAUCUUUGUCACUGUAAUAUUAUUGGAUGUAACCGUUGUGUCCCUGUCCCCCACAAGGUCCAUGUGGGAGUGCCACUUGCAUGGGGAUUGCAUUAAAGCCAGUGUGACACCAUUAAGAUUGAUCCCUGUUGUACCCUUCAUGAAGUCUAGGCUCAUGUUAACUAUCUACUUGCUGGGGAGAAACUACUUGGAGGCUGCAUUCAUCUGAAACUAUUCGUAUCUACACCCGAACUGCAGCUAUAAUCACUCAGGCUCAGCAGUUCGGGAGGAAUAGGCGAACAGGGUAUUCACUAUACCAGCGUUCGUAACAAUAUAUAUACAUAUUGAUUGGGAUAUAGGGCCAAUCAUAUAAGUAUCAGCAGGCUUAUUGACUUUUAGUGACUACCCAUCUCGACAACUAACCAGUUAUCCUCAUGGCUUUCUUUACUCACCAACCUCCUUAUCUUCUGCAAGUGCUCCUCUCCCACCCGUUAAUACAGAGUAGGCUGUAUCCGUAGAACUCAUGUAAUGAGUGUUUUAUGGGGCAUUACUAAGUAAUAUUUGCACGCAUGUCUGCAACGAUUGAGUGUGCACAAGAAACCCAUGAGUAACAGCACAUGCUUCUGGAAAGUGGUUCAAUGUAAAUUACAUGAGUGACAACUUGCACGGGUUAAGGAAGCUCAAUUAAUGUAGUGACUAUGCAUGGGAAAUCAACACUUUUAUUCACUGAAUUCCAAAUUCGUCCGGAAUCUACUCGGCCGAAUUCUCAUAGCAUUGGUUGUUAUUGAAUACAGUGAAUCACAGAGGAAUUUUAACGACCACAUGCAAGAUGAUUGACUUGGAAAUGUAGUUAUAAGCACAUUUCAAAAUAUGAGAAUUUCUGUUAGAUCCAGGUUUAAUUUGAGGCUUUUAGUUAACUUGGUUAUUAAAGUUGAUCAUCAGCUACUAUAUAAACAGAACUGCAUUGUAAUAUGUACAUAACUGCAUUAUAACAUGUACAUCACUUCUUUAGAAAUCUUAUCACCCAACAAAAACCCCACCCAAGCAGGAAACAAUAGGUAAAUGGGAAUUGUCAAAUGUAAAAUGUUCCCCUUUGAUUCUGUCUCACGUGCAGUAUUUCGCAAAGGUGGAACAUAAAAAAUGUUGUGUGUAUAGUCUGUUGCUAAAGGUAUUAUUGGAUUGAAUUAUUCCAUUGGAAAGGGUUUGUAUACAUGUAUUUGCUUGUCAGGCUUAACCCUUUAAAUAGGACUUCCCACACAAGAAAAGAGGAAUUGACUGAUUUUAUAUUUGUAAGUACCAGUGGUGCAAUUUUUCUUUACUACCCCCUUCCCCUAUUCUGCCUAUAAUUAUUCAGUACAUAUCAACUAUUUUGCUUCAGGGUUCACUCUAAACACCAUCAUGUUUUAUUGUAAAGCUUAUGGUGCAGAGAUUACCAUUCACUCAGUGCUUUUUUCUACUUUACACUUUGCACAAAAUAGAAUAUAAUUCUGUCAGAUCAUUGAGCAGUUCCACUCCUAGGAUUAUGACUGGGAUAGACUGCUUAUCCCAUAAAACCCCUGCAAAGUAGAAAAGUGAAUAAAAAGUAGUAUGGGAAAAGUAGAAUAAGAUGUUCCUGAUCUAGGGAGAUUUCUACCCGCUGCUGCACUUAAUGGCAUGUAUGCAGGGAACGUUGGUAGUAAAUUUUAGUAUUAUUUUCCAUAUUUUAAUAAUUACUUUUUUGUAUAUAUGUUAUCUCUAUCAUAGGCGUGCGCAAGGGGUGUGCGCCAGCUCUGCUCUGAGCCUCCCCACCGACCCACAGGGGGGGAGGCAGGAGAGGACCUGGGGAGCUAUUGCCAGCAGCUCCGCCGGGUUCCUCUCGCGAGAUCUGAGCGUUGCCGCAGGCUAGAGUUCACUCUCACCACUAGGACCACCAGGGAAGGCAGAAAGUAUCCCCUCUCCCUGGCAUAAGGUAACAAGGGAGGGGGGAUAUUAAGUAAUCUGCCCCCACCUCCACUGGACCACCAGGGAAGGCAGCAGCACGGUCCCCCCUCCCUACAUAAGGUAAGAAGGGAGGGGGGAUACACACACAUACAAACAGCACACGCACACAUACAGCACACACACAUACAAACAGCACACACAGCACCCACACACAGCACACACAUACAGCACACACACAACACACACAGCAAACAAACAUCACCCACACACACACAGCAUCCUCACACAUACAGCACACAAACAGAACACACAUCACCCACACACACACAGCACCCAAAUACAGCACACAAACAGAACACACAACACCCACACACACACAGCACCCACACAUACACCACCCACACACACACACAGCACCCACACAUACACCACCCACACACACAUACAGCACCCUCACAAACACACACAGCACACUAACAGUACCCUCACAAACACAAACAGCACCCUCACACAGCACACUAACAGGACCCUAACAAACACACACAGCACACUGCCAGUACCCUCACACACAAACAGCACCCUCACACACAGUACAUUAACAGCACCCUCACAAGGGCACACACACACAAACACCGUCGCCCACAUAGCACACUACCAGCACCCUCACAAGCGCGCACACACACAAACACCCUCACCGACAUAGCACACUACCAGCACCCUCACACAACACACACACACACAGCAGUGUAUGUGUGUGUAUGUAUAUGUGUAAAAUAUAUAUAUAUAUAUAUAUAUAUAUAUAUAUGUAUAUAUAUAUAAUACACAUACAUAUAUACAUACACGCGCGUGUGCUUGUGCUUUUGGGUGCACACCCUAAUGCAAUAGGCUGCGCACGCCUAUGAUUUCUAUAAUGCCUAUAAAAUAAAGUGUAUAUUUUCCUCCCACAUUUUUCCCUUUCGUUUUAUUUACUGUGCUUUCCUACUAUAUAUGUGUCAUGUUGUUUUAAAUAAAAAGGACAAAUGAUAGGUGGUAUCUACUAAUUCUUACACUUUUUGUAAGUAUUGUUUGUUUUUAUUUUCUUCUAGCCCCAAGAAGAGUCCAUCCAAAGUCGUAAAAUUAGAGACAUUUUCAUCACCACCUGGAAAAAACUGCUUCCCCACAAAGGAAUCAUUUACUGCAGAUAUGAACCUGAAACCAUCCACAUCAACUAUGGCUGUAAAAGCUCCCAUUGUCAAAUCAGGUCAGAUAUUUUUGUAAAUAUAUCCCAUGUUAAAAGAAGGCUGAACAUGUUUUCUGCCCUGGAUUUUCUUAUGAUUACAUAAGGGCUAGAUUCUGUUUUGAAGAAAAGUCCUUAAUAAAAAAUGGAGGGUGGUUUUCAAGCAAACAAUAAUUAUUGCCCCCUCCUCUUUGUGUGAUUAUGGAUCAUUAUUUAUUAGUAGUAUAAUUCGAUAAAUUGUACAUCCCCAUAUUUAAUCAUAAGUGUUAUGAUGGUGCCCCGAAAGAGAGUGAAAAGGUAGACAUACUGGAACCUCCCUCUCCUUUUGUACUGCAGUCUUUUUCUUGGACCCACUCUUGAGAACCUGGCAGAUUCAAGACAAGUCACUGUUGUACUUAUGUGCAUGCCAUAGGCAUAUUGGACUUGUGAAGAGGCCUGUCCCACCAUCUAUUGCUACAUUUUGCCUAAAAUCUUUUUACCCAUAAGACAAUAUAGAAGUUACUUUUGUCUUAUUUCAUUAAAAUUCUUGCUCAGGUGUUUUUCAUAAAGAUUCUAACUUUACAAAAAAUUCACAAGUGACAUUGCUGAUUUAAAUGGGAUAAAGACUUCUCAGUCUUCAUUCCUAAAUAUCAUAAUACACAAUAUUAGGAAUAAUGAGUGUCUAACCCUAAACUUCCUAGUUAAUAUAAAAGGAUAUUUUACUCCGAACCCCAAAUACAGCUCCAAAAUUAUUAUGAGCAUUACUUUUUCUGAGCAAAAGGUUUCACCUUUAUAUUUAUGUUGUCUGCUUUCCCUUGUUCAUUUUAAGAAUGAUUAAUUGAAGCCAAAGUACUGCCUGCGUAUGUUUUUGAUAUUGGAAUGUAGGACAUUAUCCUAAAACUACAGGGUGACUCUUACCAAGUUCUGCAAGGCUUUUCCAGGUGGACCAAUUGGCCAGAGAGCAACCACAUAUCAACUUCACAGCACUCACAUAGUGUAACCAUACCCUCCUUUCACACAGCACUCUCAUACCAUCCUUAACGCAAUCACAUACCAGUCUUACAGGGUUCAUCAAUCACGCUGUAGCCACAUGCUAAGUCCAUGGUAACAACCAACAAAUAACCUACAUAUCUGCCCCACAGUACAGCCUUCACAUUAUUUUCUCCAUAAACAGUGUAAACCCUCACAAAAGCAACAAAGCCUUCAUCAAGUAUUAUGAAACGUAAAUAUACUGAUCGCCAAUUUUAAAGCUUCUAGUUGUUUUUUCUGUGCUGCUAGACAUUUGGCAUUUCAGCUCUUUUUAUUUUGUUAUACUCAACCAACCCUUUAUACUAGAUUGUCACACUUACACUGUUAAUCUUUUCUUGUGUUUAAUGCUUUAUAUCUGUCAUUAUGUUUUUUGUCACAGAGAAUGACAUUUUGCUAAACAACAAGAAAGUGAAGAACCUUCCCUAUUCAUAUCAUACCCAAAGAAAAAAUGGUCAAGGUGAGAUUCUGCUAACUGUUUUUGUAGUCACUACAAACUGUCAUGUUCCUAAAAUCAUUCAUGAACAGUGUUUUCAGCGUGGCAUGGUGUAUUCUGCUGAAAGAGGUCACUGCCAUCAGAGACCACCAUUGCCAUGAAGUGUACAAGGUAUUCAACAAUCUCUAAGUAGGUGGUACAUGCCAAAUUAUCCACAUGAAUGCCAGGACCCAAGGUUUCCCAGUAGCAUAUUGUCCAGAGCAUAACACUGCCUAAACCGGCCUGCCUUCUUCCUAUAGUGCAUCCUGCUGCCACCUCUUCUCCAGGUAUACUAUGCACACACUCUGCCAUCCUCGUGAUCUAGAAGAAGAUGUGAUUCAUCAGACCAGGCAGCCAUUGCUCCAUGGUCCAAUUCUGACGCUAACAUUUCCAUUUCAGGCUCUUUCGGACGUGGACAGGGGUCAUUAUGGGCACUCUGACCGGUUACGCUAACUGUAAUGCACUGUGUGUUCUGACACCUUUCUAUCUUGGCCAGCAUUAUGAGCAUUAUGUUUUUCAGCGGUUUGAGCCAUAGUAGCUCUUCUGUGUGAUCGGACCAGACGGGCUAACCUUUGUUCCCCAGGUGCACCUAAGAGCCUUGGGCACCAAUGACCCUGACGCCGGUUCAGUGUUUGUCCUUCCUUGCACCACUUUUUGUAGGUACUAACCACUGCAAUAAUGGGAACACCCACAAGAUUUGCCAUUUUGGAAAUGCUCUCACCCAGUCGUCUUGCUAUAACUAUUUGGCCCUCAUCAAAGUCACUCAGAUUAUUUUCACUUGCCCAUUUUUUCUGCUUCCAACACAUGAAAUUCAAGAACUGACUGUUCACUUGCUGCCUAAUAUAUCCCACCGCUUGACAGGUGCCAUUGUUUAGAUAUAAGCAAUGUUAUUCACUUCACCUUUCAGUGGUUUUAUUUUUGUGGUUGAUCAGUGUAAAAGAUUAAUCUUAAACUGGACAUUGAAAGCAAAUUAUACACAAUAUUGACAUUUGUUUUGCACCACUAAUAAUUUUUGAAAAAAUACAUUUUAUUUAUGUAUUUUGAAUUGAUUGAUACCUUAGAUGGUGAGCCUGUUACAGCUGUUCAGACUAUAUUGGUAUCUGUAAAUUGUAACAGUACCUUUACACUAAUUAACUAUGCAAUAUUGUAGGAAUAUCCUUUUCUAAGUUGAAUAUGAAAUUUUAAGAAGGACAGGAAGUAAAUUAUGUGAAGUAGAAGAAAUAUCUAAGGUGAUAUAUUUUCACUUUGACAGUUACAUGAAAUAAUAAUUUAGGAGUGACAAUACACAUAUGCUUUUGGUAAAAUCACUGAGAAAAGAUUGGAAACAAAAAAUAAACAUAUAAGAAUGUAUUUCCUCUCCUUUUUAUGUUUAAAAAUCCUAGAAAAAAAGCUAUUUGCUAUAUUUUUUCUUUUACUUUGCAUUUAAAGAGACACUCUAAGCACUAAAAGAACUUUAGCUUAAUGAAGCAGUUUUGGUGUACAGAUUAUGCCCUUGCAGUCUCACUGCUCAAUUCUCCACCAUUCAGGAGUGCAUUCACUCUUGUUUCUUAUUAUGCAGCCCUUGCUACACUUCCCGUGACUGUGACUCACACAGCCUUCAUGAAAAAAUGGUUUCAUUUUCAAUCAGAUCUAACAGCACAGUGUUUUUAUUUUAGACAUUUAUAUUUUCUGCUCUGUUAAUUACAUUUUAAUCACACUGGAGGCUCUUACAUACUUUAUCAGGCAAUUAUUAGAGCAGGAGAUAAGAAAUUAUAAAUUAAACACAGUGUGCAAUAAAGGAAGUUUAAAAAUUAGAUCUCUAUUUACAGGAAGUGUUUAGGAGGCUGUGUGAGUUACAACCAUUGAUGUUGUGACAUGGACAGUAGCAAUAAAGUGAUUUUUCUCCUAAAAGCCAGAUAAUUGAGUAUUAAGACUACAUGGGCCUGAGCUGUAUACCAAAACCAUUUAAUUAAGCUAGAAUUAUUUUGUAUACUUUCUAUGCAAUCUCCUCUAAUUGGGGAUGCAACUGCUCAGGCUCAUUGCAUAGGUUAUGGUACAAGGAGAUCCCCAGCUUUGUACACAGUUUUUGGGUUUUUUUUUUUGCAGUAAUCACGGUGUGGAACUUUUGUUCGAUAAGUCAGAAGAGGUGUCUAUACACUCCCUUCUGUACCCCUAAAUAAAUACUGAAAAAGAGACCGAGCUCUACAUAGCCUGUUCACAAAAACACGGUACGGCUUUUAUUAGGGUAUUCCAUAGUGUCACUCAUUCUGCUUGAUGAAUGGAUUGGCAGCUUAGCACUGGACUACAUAUCGCAUGCGACUGGACAAGGGGAUAUGGGAAUCAAACCAAAUCCCAAAGACCAUAAUAAGAGGUUCUUGAUUGGUAGUGGAGCCUCUUUCUGAUCUAGGCAGAGCUCGUUGCUGCCUCCAUUGAAAGUCCACCUUCCUGUGUAUUUUCAGAAGCUGUUGGACCUUUAAAGGUGAGUAUCUUAUUAUUUAUUUUUUCUUCCUGUUUAAUGCAUUGUAUAAAAAGCAUUUAACAUAAGUGUCCCUUUCAGCCCAAUGUGUCCAUUUAGGUGGUAAUAGCGUUAUUAGUUUUUUAUUUUUUAUUUUGUAUGGUAGAGGCCUUAGUAUAUUCUGGUCUAAACAAUAAUAUUAUGUGAACUCUUCUCCACCAGGCUCAGUCCUGCUGAAUGCUUUGAUGCAGCAGUCGUUACGCCAUGGGUCACUUGGGUUGUACGACCUUCUAAGCAGUAAUCAAAAUGUUGUCACUGGGUCGCCCACAUGUAGCAGCCAUUCCAGCAGGUAAAUUGUCUUUCUGUAUAAAAUCAUGUCAUGUUUAUAGGAUUUUAUAGGAUGAUCAACAAUUCAAAGCCCUUAGAUAAUCAUAUUCGCUUUGGAAUAUGUCUAUUUAAUUGAUGUUAUGAGAUUGGGAACUUCCUAUUUUUCUCAUAAUUCUUACUCUUGAAAAAUGUAAUUUAUAUCACUUUAAAAUUUUAUAUGGCUGUGUGUUUUUCUAUCCUAUGUCCUCUAUCUUUUUUUGAGAAAGGACACAUUAAACAUAAACCAUUCUUACCAUCCUUAUAGCCUUCUGCCUCUCUAUUUCACGAGUGUAAGAAGUCUGGUAUGAGAGUAAGUAUAUUUGUGUAAAACAUCUGCAUUUUGAAAGAAUACCAUGUAAGAUUUGAAAAUCUUCUUACUGAUUGGGAUCUUAUAAGUUAUACAUCAUUUUGCCAUAUUUUAAUAUAUUAGUUGCAUCUUCUCUGCAUUUAUGUUGCUUAAGUACAACCUUAUUUAUUUAUUCCAUUAUUUCCUUUACUUAGAACACCAGGCACCACCUCCUCCAGUGUUGUCUCUCCUGCUCGAUGCUCUGCUUUACAGGACGCACAGAAGCUGGCCAUCACUGGACUCAAUUCUAUUGCUGUGGGGGAAGAUUUGGCAUGGAAAAGAGACUCUCAAAGUUUAACAGGGUUAUUGCACCUGAACAAGAUGAGCCGGCUGUCUGGAGCAGUCCACAUAUUGCCUUUAGUGGAGUACCAUAUUGCUGCUUAUUGCCAUGCACUGGAGACCUUGGAAAAAUCCAAAACACAUCCAUCAGACACUCAGGAAAAAACUUCUUCUAGUGCACAGCAAAAUGUUAUCUCAAAUGCUGAGGAUUCGCUAUCCAGUUUGGUAGAGCCAUCUCUAGCCUCUCUGGAGAUACUUUAUCACUUGGUGUUUUAUAGUCUAGAGGUGGUGGAAGCCUUAUUGCAGAAUACUGCAUACAGAGAUGAGACAGUUGUUCUACUCUCAGAUGCAAACACGGUGGAUUGCUCUGAAUACAGACCACAUCCUUUACUUAAAAAGCUGACAUCUCUUUUGUCCUCCCCUGUUGUGACAUGCCAGAAAAACAUCGUCCAAAACAAAGUCCUCAGCGUACUUGUGAAAUUAGCAGAAAACUCCCCUAAUGAACUCUUGUACAGGUACUGUUCUUUCUUUUCUACAGUCUGUUGUCCUGACUACAUUUUAUGUUUUAUUCUUCAUCUUUUAUUUUACUUGGGUUAGGUCAAUAGUUGGGUAGAUCAUUGCAGACAAUCAUGUGGUAGCUCAAAACUUUAAACUUAUUUUUUAUACCAUGAAGAGGCAUAUGUAGGGAUUGGAUUUUCCCCAUCCUUUUGAUGAUUUACACGAUGCUAUAUUUGCAUAUCAAAUAUUUGCCUCUUUUACUGUUUGUCUCUUAUUUACAUAUAGUUUUUUUUCCUAACUGUGCAUUUAUAUGCAGUUUGCAGUUAAAAUAUUGAAAUGUUCUCAAAGAGCAUUUUCAAAUAAGGUUUACUUACCUUAGGAACACUAUAAUUACCAGAACAACUACAACUUAAUGUAGUUGUUCUGGUGUGUAAAGCUUGUCCCUGCAGGUAUUUUGCUGUAAACACUGCCUUUUAAGAGAAAAGGCAGUGUUUACAUUACAGCCUAGGAACACCUCUAGUGGCCACGCCUCUAACAGCCACUGGAGGUGCUUCCUGGGGCAGUGAGGAGAUGCUGAUUGGCCAGGGCGGUGUUCAUCUUAUCUGCUUUGGUGUUAAUGUAUUGCCUCAUCAUGACCUAGUGUUACUUCAUCUUUCUUUCAAAGCUGGUCAUGUCUAACAUAUUUACACCACAUGAAGUAAUAUAAAAAUGGGGAAGAAGAAUGGUAGAAAUGUGUGCAAAAUUUUCAUUUUACUGCGAUUUGGAAUGUAGUGAAUAAAUGUAAUCCGUUUAUUGUUUGGUUUUAAGUCUAGUGGAGAAAUUAAAAUGUUUCUGUUUAUCAUUUGCAAUGCAAAUGAAAAAGAUAUUAACAUUUUUGCCUGCACCACGUAUUAUGUCUCUGUCUCAGACUGCACCUUUCUAAUAAUUGCUAAAUUGUGAGGAACGUUGAUGUCUUUUCAGUGAUUUUCAUUAUCUCUACACUCUCUCCUUUUUUAUUUUCAUAGUUUUAACAGUUUGUUUACCGUGCCUACCCUGCGUCAGUGCCUCUCUCGAGAUUCUCCUACAUCAGUGGCUCAUAUGGUUGUCAAACUUUUGGCUGUUCUUUCUGAUCACCAAAAACUGUCCGCUCUUUUGUGUUCUUGCUCAGGUAAAUUACUGAAAUUGUUUUUUUUAUUUUUUACCUAAAUGUCUUGGCUAAGUAUGCAAGUCAAUGUCAUCAAUGUGAUAACAGAUAUAGGCUUUGGGUAUACCAGAAUGUUCUUAGAUUUCCCAGAGACUCACAAUUUGACAGGUCACGUAAGUUCAAUGAAAUGCACUAUUAAUCUGACAUUGCUAGUGGCUUUAAAGUUUGUUUACUUCCCACCCACGUGACUAACCCCAUAUUGUUCCACAUCCUCUAUUCUGAAUGUGUGUCUCUGGAGGAGGACUGGAGUAACAUUUCCAGAUAUAUCUGUAGGGUAAUUGUAGAAUACAACUCUUAAUGUCCACUUGGUUUUUUCAUGAGAAUAUUUUCUAUUGUGAACUGUGCUCAUUAUAAACCAGCAUUAAAUGAGACAGUAGCAAUAGUUGAAUAUACCUGAUGGAAAAAUCUAAAUAUAUAUGUCCAAAAAUCUAUCAAGAUGCCACAAGAUACUUGCUAAUUUCAGAAAAUGUUGCAGAAGAAAUGCCAGGUAUCCAUGGAGUAGAGGCAUAUAAAUUGCCACAGGAAAUUGAUAAUUUGACUAUUUAGCAACAAAUCUUCAAAAUUAUGCGACUGUAGACGUUUAUUUUCCAUCAGAAUCACAAACAAGUAAUACAAAGUUUGUAAAAUGUGUUGGAAAGUACAGGAAGUCAGUAGAUUAUGUGCUGAUCUUUAUUGUAUUUUAAAAUGAUUUUAGGGAAUAGCCGGAAGAAAUAAAAAAUAAAACAAAAAUCCUGUUUUAAUGUUGCAAACCUUUUUUUCAUGCCACAAGUCUUUUUCCCCCUAUAUCUAGUAUGCCAAUUCAGUGUUCAUUUUGUCCACUAACAAUUUUAGUCAAAUACAUUUUUGAGAUUUUGUUGACUAAAAGUAAAACAAUUCAGAUGACUAAAAUACGACUAUAAAUAAAUGGCUUUUAAGUCAAAAGACUAGGACUAAAACUAAAUUGAAAUUUGCUGCCAAAAUUAACAUGAGAGGGAGGCGAGGAAAUGAGACACAUGGGGGAGAAGAGUUGCAUGGAGGGGCUGGACGGGACACAAAGAGACAUAGACCCCCACACACUCAUACAAUUACAGACCUAUACACACAACCACAUACAUAAUCUGAUAUAUACACAUACAAACACACAGACAUAAAUACACUUAAUCACAGACCCACACAUGCACAAAUACAAUCACAUACUUAUGCACACACAUAAUCACAGACAUACACCAUCCCAGACCUAUACACACAAUCACAGACCCACAAAGGCACACAUACAAACACAGACCUAAAUACACAAUCACAGACAUACAUACAAUCACAUACAUUCACACACAUAAUCGGAUGUAUACACAAUCACAUACACACAUAAUUUCUACAUAAAACAACACACUUCACAUUUAAUCUGUCUAUUUAUGUAUCCAUUCUUUCUCCUUUAUCUAUAUAAUGUACCAUAUGUUCAUCAAUAUCCUGAAAAUAAAAUGAAAGUAUAUAAACAUGUGAAAAUAUAAAAUAAAUCUAAUUUAAUCAUCAUAAUCAUGUUGCCCAAAAUACCAAUAAUAAUGUAGGAGUAAAACUGUCAGUUUAGUUGAGUGAUUGAUUAUUUCAGGGUGGCCAACAAUCUGGGAUGAUGCCACAAGAUCCUUGCCAUUUUUAAUUAAUUCAUUUCCCCCACCCACCCCUUUCUAGUAUGCCUUGGUGCUUGUUUGUGACAGGGCUGCUAUUCCUUACACUUCUCUUCUAUUUUAAUGUACUAUUACUUCUAUGUAACUGGGAUCUAUUUGCAUUAGUUUUGCAUCACAUAUAAUGAACAGUAAACCAAUACAUCAUGCAACUUUGGGUACUUUAGCCUCUGUUCUUUUCUACAAUAACAUUCAUCAAACCUACCAUUGUCUGUUUUUUUGGCUCAGAGCCAUUACCCAUUUCUUUCGUGAAGGGUAGGGCAGCCAGACUAAAUAGGUGUGUUAAAGCAGAGUCGAGAAAGGAGAUGUGGUUAGAGUGCCAUUUAUUCAUACCUGGCUGGGACACGAUCACUAGAAUUGAAGUAAAGAUGUGGCAAAUCACCAGAUGAGGUGGAGAACAUCUAAAUGGCAAAUGGCGUGAAGGUGAAAGAAAUUUAGUUCUCCCCAUAUUGGAGAUAUUCUCUAAAUCCAUUUUGCCAACACCUUUGUUUGUUGUAUUAAAAAUUGAUACAAGCACUUUUUAUUUAAGCAAGAAACUGCUUUUAACAUUUAAAAAUAAGUUUUAACCCCAUUGCUCUUCUCCCAUCGUAGAAGGAUGCCUUUUUCAUGCUCUGUACUCCUAUGUUAUUUCAAGACCAGACAAGACCGCCCCUGAUUCAAUCUGGCUGCAGUUUGAACAAGAGGUAUGCAAAAUACAGCAAAUAUUCACAUGGUCUGUUACACCACGGAUGUUGGACACAGCACGCAGACUGGGCCUUAUUCGUAAAGAAUAACUUACUUGAAAUCAUGUUGAAUGAGUCUAUUUUUUGCUUCAUAAUUGCUCUUUACCCGUUUGUGGCAGAUAGGUUUACAGAACUGUCAUUAAGUUAAGAAGUGUCAGUAAUUAUUCUCUCCAUUAUAAUUACUGCUAAAGCGGGCCGUUACUUCUCUGGAAAUUAUUUUUUUUUAUUCUUUAUUUUUGCUGUGCUCAGAAUAUACAGACAAUCUUGCAAUGCCACAACAGCAGAUGCAAGCAUAGCAAUUGCAUGGCAAACGAUAAUCUAGCACAUUUUUUGGUAAUAAUAAUAAAUCAGAUAGUAUACCGGCCCAGAUGCAAGAGGUAAAUUCAAUGAAGUAAACCAUGCUAUGGUUACUUGCUAACUGAGAAUGGAUUAAGUAGAAAUAAAUAUUGCAAGCUUAGACCUGUGCCAGCUCAGUUUGUGCAGGACUACUAAGAGAAAACUACAAUGAAGAGCUGGAAUGUAUGACCAAUGGAGACUGUCACCCUGGAGACCCCCAGCGCUGAUGCAUGGAGUAUGAAAUGCCAAUCUAAAUGUAUACGAGAGAGUCCAAAGGUACAAAAAGAGAAAAGGCAAACCACAAAUAAAAGAAAUUAAUAUACAUGGUGUAAGCAUGUGUAGUAGUGGCACAAUAGCCGCAAGAGGCACAGUACAGCCAACACCUUCCAGGGGUAAAGCACAGUCCUGAUCAGGUCUGGCAUCCUGCUUGCUCCACAUCCCCUGUAUUGGCAGGUGCGGCAUCCAGACAUUGCAGCAAGGAAAGCCCAUUGAUAGCUGCGUUGGCUCAUGUUGUGUUCCAUCCCUCCAGGCUAAGGUAGGGUCAGGUCUGCAAGACUUUUGGCCUCCUAGUGAGCCACACGCUGCUGUCACAGAGACAGAUUGCUUCAGCCGCUUCCACCUGGCACAGGCCUGUCACAGAGCCAGAGCUUGUGUCUUCCUUUUAAUCCCGGGUGGUAGACUUCGGGGUGGGUGAUCACUCCUCUCCCGCUGCACAGGCUGUUGCAGUCGGCGGUUCAGCUUUUCCCAGAAAUCCGCAAAGAUUUCAUCAAGUGUGCAAGUGAGGUUAGCUUGUGUCAUUUCGCUGUCCGCUCGACAUGGAGCAUCCACCAUUUUGGGUAAGGCUUCCCUUCUGUGCAGCAGUACAGCAGAGACUCUGGGAUGCAGUAGGGUCUCCAGGGCGAGGACCGGGAUCACCCCCAUGGAUUCCAAGGAGGUGGGGGAAAUGAGGCUAACACCACGCAGUGCAAAGGGUCGACUGAACACCUUUGAGCUAGAUAGCAGGGUGGCGGCCAUCCACCCCACUCACAGCUUGAGCAGGCCUCAGCUACAAAGUUGGCAAAUCACCCUCCAAAGGGCUAAAACUCUUGUUGAAAGACUGGCUUCGGUUCCAACACCGUUGUGCACAGUGAUCCUUACUGUUUAGGUUGUUAGGUAGUGAAUUGUACAGCUUAUUUUUAGCCCAUUAUGCAGGAAUUUGCAGUAGCUGCUCUUUCAUGCGACCCAUCAGCAUGGUGGCUCAGCCACGCCCCCCAUUUUAAUUUUAUUUUGAUGUGAUGCUUCAAUAUCUUUUUAAUGUAUAUUAAAAUUCUAAGACUUGGCAUAACAAUCCACAGUUCUGGGCCUUCUGUGAAAUGAUGGGUUCCUCUUUAAUGGCUAUGUAGCAGGAUAUGUGAGCUAGACAUGAUCAUUUACUGUUUGACAUCAAGGUAAAAUAAAAGAGAAGCUAAAUUCACUAUUUACAAUAUUACUGCCCACAAGCGACACAGCAGCUUCACACAAUUCUUUAGUGUGCCCCUGUAUGCCAGGAAUGGUGCCAUUCUUGUUGUUUAUUUUGGGACAGGAUGGAUGUUUGUUAAAUGGUGCUGUCUUGAAGAUGGAAAAUAUCUUCAAGUAACUAAAUCUUUUAAGUUUUGAGUUUGCCAGUAAUUUAGUCAGUACAGUAAUUAGAUGAAAGCUUUAGCUACCUGAAGGUGAACUUGCUAUCUGCACUCUAUGUAGUAGUGCCUGAGAGUGAGCAAUGAAUGGUUCAUCAAUGUGGCACAAAGUUAAAUACUAAAAAAGCCCCCCAACAACACUUUGAAUCCUCAAAAAGUGAUAAAAUGUGACUCAAUUGCACUAACUCUCUCUUACUAAUGCUAGUUUCCAAAUAUAAUGUUAAGCAGAUGUUUUCUAUACCCCUAUCUUAUCCUAGGUGGUGAGAUUCCUUACAAAACGAUAUGUCCAGGGCUGGAAUGGGCCAGCGGCAGAGUCCAGUGUAACAUGUCACUGUAACCGAGAGGUGAAUAUAUUGAAUGCACGAUUGGCUUUGAACCUUAUUUAAUUAUACUAGAUAUGUAAUAUAUCUAGCUGUAAAACAUGACGUGAGAGAUAUGUUUUAACAAAAGCCUGUAGUUUAGCUGUGCACCAUGGGAACAUUCAGUGGAAAUUCCAUCCAUCACCACUAUAAUGCAAAAUCAAAAUAUGUUUUUGUAAUAUCACCGAGCUUCCAUGGGGCGAGGCUACUAAAAAACGUUCAGUAGAGCAAAUCAUGGUUUUUAUCUCUGACCUGUCAGCAGUGGUGUGGGAUUUCAGCUUUUUACUGCUUUCUUACAUUAUGAUGUUGUAACGAGGUGUUUAAAAUAUUGCACAUUUUUACAUAUGCCAACAAUGGGAUGAUUGGAUGGCAUUCAUUGGCUGAGUACAUCAGUUAACACAUUCAGCUAGUGAAUGCUGUUCAAAUAAGGAGAGUAAUGACAUUGCUAAUGUAGAAGUGUAAUUUACUUACUAACAAUAUUUUGAGUGAGGGACAGGGACAAGAACCCUCAGUUUGUGUCAAAUCUCUUAAAAUUGUUUUGUACUUGUGGCAUGCUGGCCCCAGAACCACUAAACUGCUGUUGUGGUUAUAGAACUCAUAAGGCUCCUUUAAAGGAACACUAUCGGGUCAGGAACACAAACAUGUAUUCCUGACCCUAUAGUGCUAAACCCACCAUUUAGGUAGCUUGUCUACCCGUAGCCCCCUUAAAAGGAAUUAAAACUCACCUUAUUUUCAGCGCCACACGAGUACACUGGCGCUGCCGCCCCCACUCCCCCCCAUUCCUUGACAUGCACAGUUUUUCACUAUUUAAAUAUCUGACACUCUUACAAAAACAUGGAUUCCUAGGACAUCUCGAUGAAUUGAUGUCACUAAGUUCCAGCUACUGUUUAGUAGAAUUUAAGGCUGUUCGUCAUGUUCUUGUGUAGAAGUUUCCAUGUUUCCCAUUCUGAAGAUAAGGUACUAUAUAAGCUAAUUAUAAAACCCAGAGGAGAGGGCAAUUACAUUAUUACUUAUUAGAACUGUGACACACGUAGAGGAGCUAGAUAUCUGCUCAGUUGGUUACAUACACAGUUUUCUGAGUAUUUUAUCCAAAGCUGGCUGAAGCCUUUUGGUUUUACCACUGAUUUGGAAUAUAAGAAAUAGGCAGUUGUAGUAAUGUUGAUUGCCAACGGUUUUUAAUUUAUACUCUAUCCUCUACGCAGGUUGUGAAGGCUCUGGUCCUAAUGUUGCAUCAGGAAUGGCUGCAUGUGCGCCGUUCUGUGGUCUUGCCUCCAACUGCAGCCCACCGCAAAUCUGUGCAGUUUUUGCAGGAAACUGUAAUGCUGCUACACACACUCUCUCAGAGAGACAAGAACUUCAGCGAGCACUGUCUAGAGGUUCUCCACCAGUAUGAUCAAGCUGUACCAGGGGUUCGAGCUGUCCUAAAGAAGUUUCAAGUCUUGAGAGAAGUUGAAGGUAUUUUCCCACUGCAGUUCAUAAAAUUUGUCCUGUAAGUCGCUGCAUUUAUAUAAUGGCAUUGAGUGGACAGAUGAUAUAAUGCUCCCUAGUACACCUGUUUUGUAUCCUGUUUGGAAUACUAACACUAGAGUAUACCAAUAAUAAUAAUAAUAAUAAUUGUAGGGUGCCACUUAUGUACUACUGUAAGUAUAUAGACAAAAAAAGUUAUUUAGUUGGGGGUGCCGUACAGGAAAAAGUAAACAUAUAUUGUUUUCAAGCAUACACAGCAUUUUGGAAUACUUAUGUAUUAUUAAAACAUUGUCUACAUUUUGCAUGUAGUUAAUUUACCUGGGUUUGUCCCUAACGCUUAUAUUAUAUUCAUUAAUUUGUUUGACUGAAGAAACUACAAAAAUGUUCAAAAGAGAGUACUUAAAAGUAUUUCCAUUUGCUUUUGUGGAGUAGCUAAUGUUUUCAGAUGUUGGUCCAACUAAAUCUGUAUUCACAGUGUCUUGUUUUCCUCUGUCUGUUACAGAGUUUGCUCUGGAUGAACUGUGCCCUCCCGAAAUUGAAACAGAAGAGGAGUAUAUGGAUUGCACAUGACUAACUCAGAGUAGCAUCACUUGAGCCAGUCUCCCUAUAUUAUUACAUCAAACCGAUUAACUGCUCCACACCUUUCAGAGCAAAAUGCAACUUUAAAGCCCUCUCUGUGAGAGUCACUUGUUAGAGAUAUUUAUUCUGAAGCUAUGAAUACUGUAUGGUUAAGAAGACAAAAAAGGGAUACUAAUAAAUUAAAUAUUUAAACAAUGAACCCAACAUGUGGCUUGUGGGACACACAAUGUUCUUUGGUUGAAAUGAGAACUUCAAAACGUUUUUUAACUUUUGGGCUCAAUGGGUUUUAAAAUGUAGAACGAUAUUUUAGUUUUUUCCUAUCAUUUAAUAUGUUGGAAUGCAUAGAAAGAAGCGUUUUAUGUUUUAUAUUUUAAAGCGGCACUGUCAUGCCGAACUUACCUUUCCUCAAUCUCUUCCUCUUCUCCCCCUCUCUCAGGAUCUGUUCUUCUUUUCUUAGUGUCUUCUUUAAUUUUCUUUAAAAUCAUAAGACUAAGUAGGGACUCUUUGCCUUAUGGGGGAUUCCUCCGCUUGACCAGCAGAGGAGCAAAGUGUGCUUCAUUUCCGCUGGUCAGAGCAAUUUUCCCAUAAUUCUUACCUUUCCUCUGUGUUCCCGCGAUGCUUCCUGUCAUUUUAGACGAAACUGCAGAAUUGCGUUCUAACUGAAUGAGAACCUAUUGUGUCCCCCCCGGCCCCCACCCGCCGCCCAUAAUGAUAAUGAGGGGGGGACCAUAAUAAUAAUGAGGAGGGGGG